CCGUCUCCCAAUCAAGAAAGGAAGGAAAUUAAUCUUUUGAAUUGUUCUUGUAUCCUUCUUUUCUUCUUUCUGUAUUGAUUUUUUGAAUUGUUGAUUCAUAGACGGCCAAGAAUUGGUUUGUGGAUUUUACUAACAUAUAUACUUUCUCUUGGUAGUUGAAUUCUGGAUUGCUUCAAAAAAUUUCUUAUCUAACUGCCAAACAAGUGAUGGAAAUAGGGGUUUUGGGACUCUUGAUACAGUUCUCACAUCAAAAACUUUCAGAUAAAAGAAAUAAGGUUGACAUUCAGUUGCUUGAGACUCCAAAUCCUCAACACAUGGAGGAUGCUUCCAAUAUACUUUAUCCAAGGGAGAGAGAUUCUAUACAACCUGUAUCAGGUUGCGAUUUGCGCAAGAGUUUGGCAUGGGAUAGUGCCUUUUUUACAAGUCCAGGAGUUCUGGAUCCAGAAGAGUUGUUUGAGACUCUUAAUUUUCAAGUAGGGGAUAGUGGAGCAGAUAUAACUGGGCACAUGGAACCAAAGUCUUUACCCUUUGAAUUCACAUUACAAACAACAAGUCGAAUUGGUAGUUUGCGCAAAAGUUUAGCUUGGGAUAGUGCCUUUUCUACAAGUGCAGGAGUUCUGGAUGCUGAGGAGUUGUCUAUCAUGAAUAGAGGAUUUAAAAAGCCAGAAACACUUGGGAUUGAAGAGGAAAUCUGGAGGUCUGCUGAAUCAAAUUCUACUCUAAAUAGCGAUGCCUACUCUCUUGCAAGCCUUGAGACAGAUCUUUUUGAUGAUAUAAAAGCAUAUAUUCACAAGUCACAUGAUGCUUCAUCCAAUGGGGCAACUUCAACUUGCAAACUGAAAAGAGAAAAAGGAAGACAAAAUGGCCAUGCUUCAAAAUUAGCAGACACUUCAUCUCGAGUAAGACAUGCUGGUUCAAGUGGAGAAUCCAAACCUUCAUCAUCUGUUAAGCCACCAAAAAUAUCUGGUCGUGCUAACCCUUCGCCAAUAGUUCCCAGCAAAAGUGCUUCCUUGGGUGCAAAACAUGUUAAAAUGGAUAAUAAAGCUACCAAAUCUGCCUCCGGAAAAAGUAUACCCAUGUCGAAGAAAUUGUGUUUGCGGGAGUCCUGCAAUACUAUUUCUAGUUCAAAGCCAUCCACAAAAUCACCUUCUUCAGUUUUGCCUGCCAGAACAAACGAGUUUACUGGAUUUUGUCAUGCUGCAGCUAAUUUCACGGGUAAAUCUCCUUCGAACUCUCUAAGGAGAACAAUCGAUUCCGAGAUGACUGCUUGUGGUUCAAGCUUUAGGACUCCAUUGAAAUACUUGGUUGGAAACAACAGUGAGCUGGUAAAUUCUAGCGACUCUAGGUGUUUACUGUCCACACCCAAGUCAUCCUAUUAUGCAUCACCUGCUAGUUCCAUUGAUGGAUGGUCCUCAGAAUCAUCAUCAACAUCUAUCAAACAGAGAUCAAAUAGUUCUGCUGCUAGUCUUGUAAAUACUCCAUUUAGAGAGAUCUCUCUUGAUAUUGAUUUCUCUAAAGCAUCAUAUUCUGAAAGGCAUUAUUAUGAUGAACCCCUGGGGAAUGAAAUUCAGGAAACCAAGUUCAGGAAUCCACAGAUCAACAAUGUCUCAAUGUGUACAAAUCCUGUUUCUGCUAAUGUUUCAAGAAAACUGAUACCUUCAGCUCUUCGAAUGCCUUCACCCAAAAAGGGAUAUUUUGAUGUGGGAACUUCUUCCAAAACUGGAAGUGGCAUCAGCAAUGCUAGUGUAUUAGUAAAUAGAACAAGAUAUGGAAAUCAUCGGUUGGCAAGUUCUUCAAGAGGACUUUUGAGUAAAACAGGUGUGAAGGAUGAGCAGAAGAUCUACUUAUGGGAUAAGAAGCAACCUCUGAAAGAGCAUGAAGAUAUCAGGGUACAUUGCCCUGAAAAUGAUGUGCAUAGACUUAGUGAAAAUAACAAGGAAUAUAUAGGUACUUUGACAAAGCAAGUUGAUGACCUCAGUCGACACAUGGGAGCCAUUGAUUUUAGCAGGGACUUUAAUACAGUGUUAAAAUGAAAUAAGGAUUCUUUUGAUGUUUGUAGAAUAUCUCCAUCUGUGGCGGCAAACUUCUUUGAGGAUUUAUGUAAAGCUUUUAUUCUUAUGUACAGAAGGGCUUCACUGGCUGUCAAAAAGAUUGUAUGUGCAACUAAAGUGGAUUAUUUGAGUUGCCAGCAGAAUCAAUAUUUCUUUCUUUA